CUCUCUCCCAAAUCCCCAAAGGUGAGCUGGAGGGGUCUUCGCUCGCCUCGGCCUCCCCUGCCCUCUCGCCCCCGUGCACUCUGCAGCCGGCUGGCUCCCCCGCGCGCCCGCCAUCGGCUGCAGGCGGGUAGCAAAGCGCAGCCUGGCGGAGCCGGCCCGAGCGACUGUCGAGCAGCUGUCUCCCCCGGCCCCCUCCCCGCUCCGCCGACGCCGCCUGGCCCGCGGCCGCGCCUCCCCUGCGCCGGCUCCCCGCCCCCCCCUCCCCUCCGCCCGCGCGCUCGGCUCCGCCAGCGUCGCGCACCCCUCGCCGCAGCUGCCGGGAGCGGACGCGGGAGGGCGGCUGGGGUCUGCGCGCAGGGUCCCCGCUGCUCCCCGCGGCCCUUUGUCCCCGCACCCCCGCGGGGCGAGCGCGGCUCGGGGCGUCGCGCUGGCCGGAGGCUCUUACACGCGCCCGAGAGCCUCGGGUCCCCCGGUCAUGACAAGGAGCCUCCGUCUUUAGGACUACCAGCCAGACUCCCAGAAAUCAUGUUGGUAGGGUCCCAGUCCUUCUCACCUGGGGGACCCAAUGGGAUCAUCAGAAGCCAGUCCUUUGCGGGGUUCAGCGGCCUUCAGGAGAGGCGAUCCAGAUGUAACUCCUUUAUCGAAAAUCCCUCUGCUCUCAAGAAGCCUCAGGCCAAACUGAAGAAAAUGCACAAUUUAGGACACAAAAACAAUAACCCUCCCAAAGAGCCUCAGCCUAAGAGGGUAGAAGAGGUCGUCAGAGCCUUGAAAAAUGGACUUGACGAGUAUCUGGAGGUUCACCAGACGGAGUUGGACAAGUUGACAGCUCAGUUAAAAGAUAUGAGAAGGAACUCUCGCCUGGGUGUCCUGUAUGACCUAGACAAGCAAAUUAAAACGAUUGAAAGAUACAUGAGACGCCUGGAGUUUCACAUCAGUAAGGUGGAUGAACUCUACGAAGCUUACUGUAUCCAAAGACGCCUCCAAGACGGUGCCAGCAAAAUGAAGCAAGCCUUCGCAGCCUCCCCAGCCAGCAGAGCUGCCCGGGAGAGUCUGUCCGAGAUCAGUCGCAGCUACAGGGAGUACACGGAGAACAUGUGUGCCAUUGAAGCAGAGCUGGAGAAUCUGCUGGGGGAAUUCUCCAUCAAGAUGAAAGGUCUGGCUGGUUUUGCUCGUCUCUGUCCUGGAGAUCAGUAUGAAAUUUUCAUGAAGUACGGCCGACAGAGGUGGAAACUGAAAGGCAGAAUAGAAGCCAACGGCAAGCAGAGCUGGGACGGAGAGGAGGUCGUGUUCCUGCCACUGAUCGUCGGAUUCAUUUCCAUCAAGGUCACGGAACUCAAAGGGCUCGCCACUCACCUCCUGGUCGGCAGUGUGACCUGCGAGACCAAAGAGCUGUUUGCCGCCCGACCUCAGGUGGUGGCAGUUGACAUCAAUGACCUUGGCACCAUCAAACUGAGCCUGGAGAUCACCUGGUACCCCUUUGACGUGGAGGACAUGGCCCCGUCCUCGGGCUCCGGGAGCAAGGCCGCAGCCCUGCAGAGGAGAAUGUCCAUGUACAGCCAGGGGACCCCGGAGACGCCCACCCUGAAGGACCACUCCUUUUUCUCUAAUCUACCCGAUGACGUCUUUGAAAAUGGCAAGGCCGCUGAGGAGAAAACGCCACUGUCUCUCAGCUUCGGUGACCUGCCCAACGAGGACUGCGCCCUCACCCCGGACCCAGCGGGCUCUCUCUCCAGCGCAGGUGCAGCAAACCCCGAAAUCACCAUCACCCCCGCAGAGCUGAGCCCCAGCAGCCCGUCCUCCCACAACGAGGGCACGGAAGACUCCGGCUCGGCAUCUUCCAGAAACUCCUCGCGAGAGGGCCGGGAGGCCAAGCCGCCCCUGGAGGAGCCCCUGGCCGGGCCCAGGAGCCCCCCGGAGCGCCGAGCGGUGGCAGGUGCCGGGCCGGAGCGCCUGUUCCUGGAGAAGGAGGUGGCCGAGGCGCUCCUGCGGGAGUCCGACGAGGCGUCCGAGCUCAAGCCGGUCGAACUGGACACUUUUGAAGGAAACCUCACGAAGCAGCUGGUGAAGAGGCUGACCUCGGCCGAGGCGCCCGUGGCCGCGGACAGGCUGCUCUCCGAGGGCUCGGUCAGCGGAGAAUCCGAAGGCUGUCGAUCCUUCCUGGACGGAAGCUUGGAGGACGCCUUCAGCGGGCUUUUCCUUGCGCUGGAGCCCCACAAGGAGCAGUAUAAGGAGUUUCAGGAUCUGAACCAAGAAGUCAAGCAUUUGGAUGAUAUUCUAAAAUGUAAGCCAGCCGGAAACCGCAGCCGGUCUUCCAGUUUAAGUCUUACAGUCGAAAGUGCUUUAGAAAGCUUUGAUUUCCUGAACACCUCUGAUUUUGACGAGGAGGAGGAUGGUGAUGAGGUUUGUACUGUUGGAGGAGGCACGGACUCGGUAUUUUCAGACACUGAGACGGAGAAAAAUAGCCCUUACAGGUCGGUACACCCAGAGGCCAGGGGGCACCUGAGCGAGGCGCUGACAGAAGACACAGGAGUCGGGACCAGUGUGGCCGGAAGCCCCCUCCCCCUGACCACAGGAAAUGAGAGCCUGGACAUCACCAUUGUCAGGCACCUUCAGUAUUGCACCCAACUCGUUCAGCAAAUUGUUUUCUCAAGCAAAACCCCAUUUGUGGCGAGCAACCUCUUGGAGAAGCUUUCUCGGCAAGUCCAGGUGAUGGAGAAACUGUCAGCCGUCAGCGAUGAGAACAUAGGGAACAUCAGUUCUGUCAUUGAAGCCAUCCCAGAAUUUCACAAAAAGCUGUCUUUGCUGUCAUUCUGGACGAGGUGCUGCAGCCCGGUGGGGGUCUACCACAGCUCGGCUGACAGAGUGAUGAAGCAGCUGGAAGCCAGCUUUGCCAGAACCGUCAACAGAGAAUAUCCAGGACUCGCAGACCCAGUGUUUCGAACACUGGUGUCCCAAAUCCUGGACCAGGCUGAGCCUCUGCUCCCCUCCAGCCUCUCUUCGGAGGUCAUCACCGUUUUCCAAUAUUACGGUUACUUCACCAGCCAUGGUGUGAGCGACCUAGAGAGCUACUUGAACCAGCUGGCCAAGCAAGUUUCCUUGAUUCAGACCCUGCAGUCGCUGAGAGAUGAGAAACUGCUCCAGGCCAUGAGUGACCUUGCACCCGGCAGCCUCUCAGCCCAGCAGGAAGUACUCGGGACUCUGGCUGUGCUGCUGACUGGCGAUGACCAGGAAGCCCGUGAGGCUGUGAUGCUGUACUUGACCGCAGCCUCCAGAAACGAGCACUUCAGGGAAAAGGCCUUGCUGUAUUACUGUGAGGCACUGACAAAGGCAAACCCCCAGCUCCAGAGGGCAGCCUGCCUGGCCCUGAAAAGCUUGCAGGCCACCGAAAGCAUUAAGAUGCUGGUGACUUUGUGUCAGUGCGACACGGAGGAAAUCAGAAACGUGGCCUCGGAGACCCUCUUGUCUCUCGGAGAAGAUGGGCGGCUGGCGUACGAACAGCUGGACAAAUUUCCUCGAGACCGUGUUAACGCCGGAGGGCGUCAUGGGGCUGAAGUUGCCACGGCCUUUUAAUGAGCUCUGCCCAACAGCCAUCUUAAUAAAUGGCCCUGUUCAUCAAGAUGGUGCUGGGAUUUAGCGGGCGUGUUUAAACCUUGAAGAGUUCUGCUGAGGUUGUCUGGAAAUUUAACACGUCAUAGAAGUCAAAGUCGAGAGUCAUAGUACCUAUCUACUUUUCCUUUGGCCGAUAGAAUAGGGCCAAUAUGACUCCGUAGAUGACGGUGUCAAUUGCGUCUGACGAUACUUGGUAGAAGCGUCCAUCUUAUCUCGUAUGUAUGGAAUUUUAAAACAGCCAUCUUUGUACUUUUUUGGAAGUUCUUCUCUAAGCCUAAAAUCGUCACAUGAUACUUUGACGACUAUCACACGCCUUGCGGUGUCUCCCCGUCGUGUCCUGAGGGUUGAGGGGCCCCACCAGCUACCUAAUUUUACCUUAAAUGCAAAGCACAAAAAAGAAUUUCUUCGAAUAACAGUUUGCCCGCGGAACUCGGUAAAAUGACACAUUGUAAGAGUUUAAAUUUUUUUUUAACUUCAUUUUUUUUCCAAGCCUCCAUUACUUUUUUUGUUUCUUUUCUCCAUCCUGACCAUUCCCAAAGCAGGUUCCGUGAUGGAUAAAAGACAGGUUGAUGUCUAAGAUGAUACCCGUACUCAUUAAAAAAAGACAUUCGAAGUUGAAGCUUUUUUGAACACGAGCCAUUUUUUUUUUUUAUGAUACUUUUACAACAGAGGUAUUUUGCUGCUAAGACAAAUCAAAACAAAAACUCAUGGAAUCAGAAAGCUGUGAUGCUCUUUGGGGUCGUAGAACUGGGCACUUGGAGGAAUCUUAAUGGGGCGGGAGCAGAAGGAGAUUCACAAGUGGUCCUUGCUUCUACAGGAAUUACCAUGAGAUUAGGAGGAAGAAUGUCCCGAGGGAGGAGGCACAAGAGACAGUUACUGCCCCAGAGAAAUCACUUGUCACUGGGUGGGAUCUCUUGGCCAAAUAGUUAAAACAACAGCUCCCCUUACUGUUUCUGUAUCAGGGGAGCAAUUCCACUAAAUAAAGUACAAGACCACUAGAUAGCUCGUACUAACUUUCCUUCCUCUUAAGAGUAUACACGGUGGGAUAUGCCAAGAUAUCAAAAUAAAAUGUGUGAGUGUGAUUUCAACCGUGGAAUAUCAACUGUAUUCUGGAUGUGUUCGUAUCAAAUAUUUAGGUGUCGUUUUAAAUAUUUACAUUUUAGCAAGACCUUUAAGAACAACUCUUAAUCCGUUUUAAAGUAAGAAUUGUUUGCCAGACUUCCUGGCGAAUAGUUCUUUCAACUGUGAAGUUAUAAUGUGUAUAUAUAUUUGUAUAUUUAUAAAUAUUAUAUAUAUGCAUAUAUCCUUCAUUUUAAAGGUACAUUGUACAGUCUGUAGUUUAGCAUGUAUAGUCUGUAGCCUAUAGUCUCUGUUAGAUGGUUGAUUCUUUUUGUAGAAAGUCAAAUCACAAAUGUUACAGAGUUUUUUGUUAGUCUUGCUUUCGUUUUCUAAUUUUUUGAAUAUUGCAUGAGUAAUUAAUUACGUACUUUUGUAUUCAUUUCUGCAUUUUAUUUUCACUCAGAGGGGGUGCCUUUAGUCUCGUGGCAUUUGUAUCCAUCACUCUUUCAAUCAUGUAAGUUAAAAUAAAAAUUAUUUUUGAAUUGUUA